AUGGCUUUACGCACAGUACUCACCACCAUCGCGUUCAUUGCGACGUGGUUGAGCAUCGGAUACGCCAUCGGCGCGAAAACCGCGAGUUCCGCGCCUCUGAAAAAAUCUGGCGGCCAACUCCCUGCGCCUCCGACGCCCGCACCUAAAAAUACGGAAGACGUAGAAGACGAAGCGGACAGCGAGGGAGAGGAGGAGGUCGCUGACGGGGAUCUUUCUGCCGUUAAGCCCGGGUUUUUGGAACCGUGCAAACUGGUCCUGAUAGUUCGCACCGAUCUCGGAAUGACUACUGGAAAAAUCGCGGCCCAAUGCGGACACGCAACUUUGGCGUGUUACAAGGCGCUAUUGAAGACAAAUCCUACACUUUUGCAGCACUGGGAACGGACAGGACAAGCCAAAAUUGCUCUUAAAGCUUCCUCCGAAGAUCAACUAUUGGAGCUGGAAGCAGUCGCGAAAAGUUUGAACCUGUGCGCUCGGGCAAUCCAUGACGCUGGUAAGACACAAAUUGCCGCAGGCUCCCGGACAGUGUUGGGCAUUGGUCCAGCUCCCGUCGAGCUGGUGAACCGUGUGACAGGGAAGCUGAGGCUGCUAUGA